GACAAGGCCUGACACAUUAGCCUCUAGCUUGAGGUGAAGAUGUCAGCCUUGUAAUGAAGUUCUGAAUUAUCUGUAGCUGGACAAACCUUGUCACACACCUCGGCUGUCAGCUUGAGUGUAUCUCAAUGGUUGUAAACGAGCCACGCUUCAGUGCCUCUGUAGCACUGACACCACCACACAAGGCUGCCCCUUGUGUCCCCAGUCUUGUGUUCAGUGUGGGCAGAGGGCAUAUCUAUGUUCUUGCUCAUCCUGUUACACACCUAUGUUAGGGCUCGCGGUGCAAAUCUGAACGAUAUUGUUGCAAUAGUGAUAAGAAAAGUGGUGUUUAAUGUAACCGCUUUACAUCAAAUGAUACAGUAAACUCAAGAAUGAUGGCCUGUGUGGGGGAACAGAAUGGAAAGGCUAAAGAAGGCUGAUGAAUGGAUCUCAGCAGGACAUUAUUAGGUGGCUUUGAGCUUGGUGACUGUCCUUGGAGCUUGGAGGAGUGUCAGUGAGAGUGUCAUACAGUGAUGUGGAGUGUUAUGACACUGUUGUGUACGCACAGUCUGUGUUCGACAAACAUGGUUACGCAUACAGGUACCGUGGUGUGUGUGGUGACAUUGUUGACACUAUGUCUCCCUGCCCAUGCCGUCUCCACUGUCUCCCGAACAAACACACCCCUUUCGGAUACACCCCUCUCCACAUCUAUACAGCCCAGUUUCAGCUCCAGCCUGCACCCAGGAUCAAGCAUCACCGUAACAAUUCCAUCUAGCGGUCUUCAAACACAUGGCACGACAGACAUCACAGACCUGCUCCAUGUAUCAUCCUCAAGUGACACAUAUAUAUCAGAGCCAGUGACAGGUGAAACUUUUAGUCAGCCAUUCCGGACCACAUCUCCCAGUUUGUCAGUUGGACUUGACAUCAACCAUGUCAGCAGCUUGUCAGUCAGUCAAUCUGACGCUCUCAGUGCAAUCUCAACCACCACCUUGGUUUUGGAACCUGCCCGUCCCACCCCGUUGUCAUCAGUUGUAGAAUCUACAACAGUACCUGGAUCAUCUUAUUCUCCAGAAGUAGGGGGUAUGAACAAAUCAACAACUACAGUUACUACAGUGAGUUCACAGAGGACUACAGUUGUGAGUAAUGACUCAGUUACAAAAACAACGUUGGAUGGUAUCGGAGGUGGGACAACAACGACCACGUCCCCAAUUUUUGGUAAUGGUAGCUGUUCAGGCAACAACACUGGAUGCCCAGAGUAUAACGGCCGCAUCAAUAUGGAACUGUCUACCCCAGCUAUUAUAGGCAUUGCCGUAGGUGCUGCAGUCCUUGUUAUUGUUGUAGCAUGUAUGUUGAUCUUCAUGUGUCGGCGGCGGCGGACAUUAUCAGGGUCAAAAGCUGAUCUCUCCACCUACUGGGAUGACAAUGUCACCCUCAGCUACAUCAAUGGUCAUCUGGAUUACCCCAAGGAUCUGAGUGACGAGAUGGUUUCAUUAGACAAUGAUUCCUUCCUGAACAGCCUAGACAGCAUGUCUUUCUCCAACGUGUGGGCUGGGGAGAACGCCAAACACACUAACUUCUGACACACGCAGAGUAGGCCCAUCUCCGCAUGUAGGCCACCGUAUAGGCCACCUUCGGCCAACCAGAUCACCAACACUCCCAACUUCUGACACAUGUUGUGCAGAAAGGUCCAUAUUUCUAUGGUUUUAGCCAUUGGAAUCGGACAUUUCAUUAAACUAUUUUAGAUCUGUAUUUGGCAUGAGUGAAAUGAAAGUUCUUGGUGUCUUAAUAUGAGAUGUUGAUGUAUCCUUGGUAACCAGUGCUGGGUUUUGAUCUGAAGUAGAAUGUUUGGGGGACAUUGACAUCUGGAUUUGUGCAAAAUUUGUUAACAGAUGACAUUUAUGAGAAUGGUAACAAGGUCUUGGAGAGGGUUCAGCUGAAGUUUCACUUUGCGCUGAGGGAUGUUCUUCGAUGCAGCUUUGUGGAUGUCAAUGGUAUCCUAUUCAUUGCUUUUUGGCCAAUGUCCUUGGGAAGCACUGGAACAAGAGCUUUGAAGAACAAUGGAACAACAACUUGAAUAUUCUUGGAACAGGUUCAGUUGAGCAGGUACUUUGAUGAACCUUGGGAAAGAUACUUUGAAGAACAAUGGAACAAGAACUUGAUUAAUAUUGGAACAAAUACUUGAAGGACAUUUGAGCAAGUACUUAAAGAACAUUAAAACAAGAACUUCAAAAUCAGAAACUUGUGAUCCCAGCUUAAAGAAGUCUUGGUUGAAACAUCACAGAGAGUGUGAUACUAUUGUUCUUGGAGAUAUGAUGCCAUCAGAUACACUGUGGUCUUGAGAUCGGUGAAACAAGAACCAAUGUGUGUCCCGAGAUGAUGACCACGUUAUGCAGUCUGUCCAAAAUAUGCUAGUCUAUGUGAUUGAUCAGGGCUGUUGAAUGAAACAGAACAGCCCUGACUAUGGAUAUGUCCUUUUCCGAUGGUGCUGAUGUUUGCAGAUGUGUAUGAAGGAGGUCACUCUGACCUAUAUGAGAGAUGUGUUGUUUAUAUUGUUCAAGGCAGAUAGUAGGGCAACUUCUAGGGCAACUGUUGUUCAACAACAAGGGGAAUCACCCCGAGAUGUCAGAAUCU